UUUUUUUUAAACGGUUACACUUUAGUUGGGCGGAUAGAAAAAACGUGGUCCGCGGGGGGAGGGGAGGAAGGGUUUUUUUAAUUAGGCGUAAACUACCUUUGUUCAUCCGAUAAAGGCGCAAUGCUGUAAUGCUGUAAUGCUGCUGCUGUUCUUAUUAUUGCUGUUCUUAUUGUUGCUAUUGCUGUUGCUCUUGCUGUUGGUCUUUUCAGCAUCCCCACUUGAUUUGGUCCACCUACACAAAGGCCGGGGAUGGACGGGGCGAGGGAGCAGCUCUAAUGCGCGUGCAUCGCAUCAGAUUGCUACGCUUUUUAAAAAUAAAAAGAGGAAAAGACCAAUAAGCUCUGUGCUGGUCCUGGUGCUGCUGCAUUAGGAACGACGUUAAUGCUCUUCGCUAUGAAUAAGGGUGCAUUCCAUGUUAGCCUAUGUAUGGUAGAAUGGACAGGCAGAUCUUUUUCUGUUUUUUAUAAAUCCUUGAGCAUUGGACAUUGCGCAUUGGGGGGGGG